GUGGGGCGACGGAGCAGCUAAGAUAAGCCACCUUAUCGACCUCGGACUUUACGAAGCUACGUAAGUACCUAGGUAGGUAAGCUCUGUACAUCUACAUAGUAGGACCGUCUUUAUCCCAACCUAAAUGCCUAUUACUUUUGGCAAGGGAAUAAAUAUCUAUGAAUCUCUUCGCUAUGUCUUUCGCUUGCUAUUAGUAGUGACUCCUACAAACAAAUCUAAAACUAUCAUGAGGCAAAUAUUCUAAAAUGGAACCCUUUUCCUUCGGUAGUUCGGAGUCGCUUGACUAUCCAGUCAGUGUGCGCAUAAUCAAUUUAGAAGGCGACGAGACACCACAUUUGUAUUCAACGUUAGCUCAACGGCCCGAUCUAAGGCAUAUUGGCUCCAAUCAGAGCCCACAUUCCGAUCUCUACGUUACUGUCCAAGUAUGGUCCGGUUCGAAGCCAUUAACGGUCCCUGUACAAACAUCAUAUAAGGCAUUUCGCAAUGAAAGGAGAUGGAACGAAUGGCUCACCAUACCGAUACCCUAUAAAUCCCUUCCGAUAAACUCAUACAUUGCCAUAACAAUAUGGGAUCUAUCUCCGACCGGCGGAAAGCAAGCGCAAGGCCAUGCGAUUCCCUUCGGUGGAACGACACUCCCUCUUUUCGAUCAAGACAACCAGCUUCAGAAGGGCAGGCAGAAAUGCUUAGUUCAUCGACACAAACAAGCGGACGGAAAUGACAACACAACUACACCAUCGAACGUCACAAAGAAGAGGGGUGGCUCUAAAAAGGAAGAUACUACACCUGUGGAUAAGGAAGCCGAAGAGCUCGAACGUUUAGAAAAACUAUUCAAAAAGCACGAAAUGAACGAGAUCCCCCGAGUGGAAUGGCUUGAUCAACUAGUAUAUCGUGGGACUGAGAAACGUGGCUUAAAAGUAGCGAGAAACUCAGUCAAGUCACUCCAACGCCAGGCAACACUGAACUCAGAGGUCGGCCAGGAUGGGCAGCAGGAUAAGUCCGAGGCCCUACCAAUACCUGGACCAUCCAAAUUCAUGUUGAAUAUUGAAUUACCCCGGUUUGAUUUUCCUGUUGUAUUCGCAGAUCAUGAAUAUCCGCCACCGCCCGUCUCAUCAUUCCAGCAUCUCUCAGCUUCCCAGUCUAAUAUCAUUCUAAAGCCUCCACCCGAAGUUUCAUAUGGACCUGGCAUCAACGGCCCCGAUAGCGCAGGAAAUGGGAUGGGCAGACGAUUAGUCAGGAUAUAUGACCCGGAAGUUGGUGCGAGGGACAACCCAGCAGAAAGUAAGCAUAGACGUCUAGUCAGAAGUCAACACCGCCACGGUAUACUGGACAAAGAUUUGAGGCCAAAUGCUAAGGUUCGCGAUGAACUUAACAUGAUCAUGUCAUACUCUCCGACCCAUGUUUUGUCUCCAGAAGAGAAGGACCUAGUGUGGAAAUUCCGAUACCAUUUGACCAAAGAUAAACGGGCUCUUACCAAAUUCGUUAAGUCCGUUAAUUGGCAGGACCAGAGCGAAUCUAAGCAGGCCAUACAGGUACUCGGAAAAUGGACUGAUAUCGAUGUAGACGACGCUCUUGAGUUGCUUGGCCCUACCUUUGACAAUCGAGCCGUCAGAGCAUAUGCGGUAGAUCGACUGAGGAAAGCUGACGACCAUGAGCUACUUCUCUAUUUACUGCAGCUAGUCCAGGCUCUAAAAUUCGAGCAUAUACCAGCGGACUCCAAUCAAGCAACAGUGCGGGCAUCUUCACUAGCCAACUUCUUAAUCUCGCGGGCUAUUCAAAAUUUCACUCUUGGAAACUAUUUCUAUUGGUACCUUGGAGUUGAGUACGACGAUAAGAGCAAUGACCAAGGCGAGGAAGUGCGUACUAUGUACGCUAAAGUCCAGUAUGACUUUAUGAAGGAACUAGAGGAUCGACCCGGCGGUCGCGAGACGAGAGUUACUAUUAGAAGACAAGCUGAGCUCAUCACGGUGUUAUCCAAGAUUUCUGCAGAAAUUCAGGCCUCAAACGAAUCAGUGGCUCGCAAAGUUGAGAAAGUCAAAUCUUUCUUAGCAGAUCCUAAAAGCGAGGUCCUUUCGAUCGACCCACCGAUACCUAUGCCUCUAGAUCCGUCAAUUAUGGUUGUCGGAGUUAUCCCAGAGGACACGCGAGUCUUUAAGUCAUCUCUGUCGCCUAUCAUGGUAACGUUUAGGACAACAUCGGGUACCAAGUAUCCUAUUCUCUUCAAGACAGGCGACGACCUACGCCAGGAUCAGCUGGUAAUCCAAAUCAUUACUCUUAUGGACCAACUACUUCAGAAGGAGAACCUGGAUCUCAAAUUAACACCAUACAAGAUCCUCGCGACUAGCACGACCGCGGGUGCAUCUCAAUUUAUUCCCUCACAGACAUUUGCAGCUAUUUCGUACAAAUACCGCAACAACCCUGCUCUUGCUUACCUCAAACAGCAUAAUCCCGAUGAGCGGGCGUAUCUAGGUGUGCGCAAAGAAACGCUUGACACAUUUGUCAAAUCAUGUGCGGGUUAUUGCGUAAUUACUUAUAUUUUAGGGGUCGGUGACCGGCAUCUCGACAAUCUACUUCUAACACCUGAUGGUCAUUUUUUCCAUGCUGAUUUCGGGUUCAUACUUGGUCGAGACCCCAAACCCUUUGCGCCAGCGGUCAAGCUUAGCAAGGAAAUGGCUGAUGCUAUGGGCGGCUCGAACCCACCGAGCGAGCACUACCUACAAUUCAAGCAAUACUGUUUCCUCGCCUUCGCGGCGCUGCGGAAGUCAUCGAAUCUAAUCCUAAACUUGUUCAGCCUCAUGGUACAUGCCAAUAUUCCCGAUAUCAAAAUUGAGCCAGACAAGGCGGUUUUCAAGGUCAAAGAACGGUUCCACUUAGAGUUGAACGAGGAAGAUGCGAUUAGACAUUUAGAUGGGAUUAUGGAGGAUAGUCUUAAUGGUAUCAUGCCUGUCGUUAUUGAUCGGCUGCACGAUUGGGUGCAGGCGUUUAGGCCUUAGAGUCGCUGGCUGGCUUAUGAGUGAUAACUGAGGAUUACGGAUUAAUUUG